AUGGAGAAAAGCAAUCGCUCCAAGCAAAUAUCCAUCGUACCGAAAACUGCAUAUGGUUUACGUACAGAUAUCCUAGGCAAUGUGCACUUUACCCUCAAGCAGGAAAUCAUUUACCCAGUUGCAGGAGUAUUGGCCAUCCAUGACUUUACCACCAAUAAGCAGAAGUUUUUGAGGUUUCCAGAAAAUAGUCACCCGGAACGAAUCGUCAUAAGCCCGAACCGGAAGUUUAUAGCUGUUGUAGAACGAACGAACGAUAAUAAAUCGAUGGUCAACGUGUAUGAAAUUGAAACACUGAAAAAACGGAAAACACUGCAGUUACCACCGGACUGUCCGAACACGCAGAUCGGCAACAUCUGCUUUACGUAUGAUUCCCGCGGAGUGGCAGUCCUGUCGGUCGAGCCGGAUGCGUUCCUAUCGAUCUUCUCCUUUGACAAGAACGACUCACUCAUCAUUGGCCGGGCAUCCAACUCGAGCCAACAGGGUCAAGCGAUCUAUCUGUCCUGUAACCCAAAUGACGCCACUAUUGUUGCCGUCGGUGGAUUCUACAUGCUCAAGAUCAUGAACCGUACCGACAAGGGCUUUGGGCAGAUUGGAACAAUUAAGGGGGACGACUUGCUUAUAACAUCCAUGACCUGGCUGUCUUCAGAGGUGUUGGCAGCUGGAACAGCUGAAACAGAGAUCAUCUUCGUGGAGUCUGGCGAGCUAAAGAUUAAACAGCGAGCAGACACUAUAGAAACGGUCGACCUAUCUGGCGAAGGAGACGCCGACCUCGUGUCCACUCCGGCGGAAGUUGCAGGACUAAAGCACGAUCACCACGAUGUGCUGUGUUUGACGCAGUUUGAAAAGGGUUUCCUGUACGCAAUCUAUAACGUAGUACAUGUGUUCGAGCGAGAAACAAACUACAACUUCCGCAAGAAAUCCAUUAUUCGUGUGCCGAUCACGCUGUUCGACGAGCAUCAGUACAAAAUCAUAAACGUGGCAGUCAACCAAGAACAGGACACGAUCGUAGUCGCAACCGUCCACUCACAGCUCUACAUUGGUAUGCUGAUCGUGCCGGAAACGCUUAAAAUCAGUGAGCUGGUGUUUCAGCAUCUCGGAGAACCGCUUCAUAUUAGUGGUAUUAUCGGGAUGGCCGUUUGUUCUUGGAAGCCGAUAGUUAUGACAGCAUCUCGCGAUUUGACCAUUCGUGUUUGGAACUACGAAACGAUGAAGGUGGAGCUGGUGAAGAAAUACCAAAUCGAAAUAGGAGUUAUUGCCCUUCAUCCCUCUGGGUUCUUUGCUGCAGUCGGCUUCAUCGAUCUGCUACGACUGCUUCAGAUCCAAUUGGAUGAUCUUAAGGAAACAAAAAGCUUCAAUCUGGCGAGUUGUACCCAACUGCAAUUCUCAAGUCAGGGCCAUCUUUUAGCAGCAGCCCACGGUAAGACGAUUACGUUGAUCUGCAUCUUUACAUUUGAGGCAGUGCAGACACUAAAAGGACACAACGGAAGUAUCCUUAGCCUGGCCUGGUCUACGGACGAUGCAGUUCUGGUAUCGGGAGGAAACGACGGUGCAAUUUACAAAUGGAAUGUGGUUACUGGCGAACGGCUAGAGGAGGUCGUCCAGAAGGGUAUUCAGUACCGUUCUUUAGCAUUAACGAGUGAUGCCCAUUCGGUGUAUUCCAUUACCAAUACUGGACUCAUUCGAGAAGUUGCUAAAUCGGAUAUCGCGCGCGAAUUCAAGAUCCCGGAGUUGACACCGCUCACCGAUAUGGCAUUGGCCCGUUCUGAUGCGAUACUGUUUGUAGGCAGUGUAAAGGGCCAUUUGUACAAUGUGCAGGUUCCGCUGGUAGACACCAGCAGUGGAAACUGCACCAACUUCCGCUUCUUCAACACGAAAGUAACGAAAAUUUGUAUCACGUACGACGAUUGCACGCUGAUCACGGCGGCCGACGACGGUACACUGAUUGUGUGGCAUAUUUUGAAUAACGAGGGCAAAACGGCUCGCCAAGCCCCAGAACUCGGGAAGUGUGCGGACGUAUUAAUCGCACGUCAAGAUCUCAUCGAGAAGAACGAAUCGAUCACCACACUGGAAAUGCGCAUCCAGCAGCAGAGCAUGGAAUUUCAGUACAAGAUGAAGCAAGGCGAUGCGUUUCACUCGGAGCAGAUGCGGGACAUUCACAAGGACUACUGCGCGGCUAUCGAAAAUCUGAAGAGGAAAAACAUUGAGAUGGAACAAGCCCACACUGAGGAGUUUAAUCUGAUUACUGCUAGCAUUGCCCAGGGAAAGGAAGAUCACCAGAAGGAGAUGAUGGAUUUUGAAGCUCAAUUUCACGAGAAAAUCAUCUUGGAGUACGAUAAGUUGACGAGCAUGAAAAACAAAAUGGAUUCUAUGCGUGAAGAGUAUGAAGUCAAGCUACGCCGAUCUGCGGGAUGUUUGCAAGAUACGAUAGAAUCGAUGGAAGCGGAUCAGAAGCGGUUGUUGAAUGAAAAGCAGGAAAUAAUCGACAAUCUGCUCAAGGACAUGGGUCGCAAACGUACCGAAUUCGACGAGUACUGCCGGCAGGUUGACGUCGACAAUGAUCGUCAUAAGGUGGAGUUGCAACUGCAGUAUGAGAAAAAGCUCCAAGAAGAGGAGGAAAAUUCAAUCAAAUGGCGUGGUGAAGCCGGUGUACUAAAGAAGAAGUUUUCCACCCUGAGCCGCGAAGCUGAAGCAUAUCGCAAGGAGAUCGAGACUAUGCAAACCCAGCACGGAAAGUUCCAGCAGAGUAUCCGGCAACAUCAGCGAGAGAUCGAUGCUUUGCGCAAGGAAGUGGCUGAUCGGGACGGAAUAAUUCGGGAUAAAGACCGGAAGGUGUUUGAGUUGGGAAAGAAAAAUUCCGAGCUGGAAAAGUAUAAACAGGUGCUGUCGAUGAAGAUCGGCGAGCUGAAGUCACAAAUCGAGCCGAAGGAUCGUGAGAUCAAGGAAAAGAAAGAGUUUAUCCUCGAGAUGGAAAAGAAGCUGGAGGAGUUGCAGCAACACAACAAACAGUACGAGCUGCAGCUGCAGGAAUUACGCGACAAAUACUGCGGUAUCGAUCUUGAGCUACGACACGAACGUAACCGAUUCCGCAAUGCUAAAGCGCAAUACCAGCGACUGUGUGGUGAAGUCUACAACGUUUCUGGACUGAUCCAGCGUCCAGACGAGCUGAAGCGUAGCGUUAAAGAGCUUUGUCAUCGAUAUUCGGACGAUAAAGAGCUACAGAAGUCCCUAGCUCUCGACGAAGACGUCCAGAACGAGUUUUUACGCCAGCGCGAGUAUCUCGAACGAAUGACAAAAAGCGCCAAGCAAAAGGCUAGCAGUCAGCGCAAAGAUGCCGGUGAAUCACUGAAGCUGAUGAAGGAAAACAUGGAGCUUCUUGCAGAAUUGAAUAAACUGCGUGAACUGUUAAAUGAGAAGCAACGUGCUUGCACCCGAAUGGAGGCCCUUUUAGGAUUGUCAAGCAAGGCAAUCUCUCCUCGAGAAGCGAAGGAAAAGCUAGAGAAAGCGGUUACGGAUCACGAUGCACUCGAAGCGCACCACCGGGAACAAGUGACGAAAUUGGAAGAAAUGGUGCGUACGCUAUCGAGCGAGAACCAAACUUUGCGCGCUGAAAUGAUUUCCCAAAGUACCCGCAAAGGAGCCCUGCCUAUGGUCACUAAUAAGUGA